GGGUGGGAGGGGGGGGGGGACUUUAGAAGGCAGGCGCUGUCUGGAUUGGAUGCAUGUAAAAUUAAUAUCCUCUGGACUUUGCCUUUGCACUAGAUUGGAACUUGUCUGUUUGGCUAAUGACGUGCCUUCUGCCUGCACCACACACAGUCCCCGUCUCUCCCCCUCCCUCUCUUCUCUUUCUCUCUCUCUCGCUCGCUCGCUCUCUCUCUCUCUCCACUACCAGCCACCAACCAUCCAACCCCACCACCCCCCCCACCGCUUUGCUUCUCCCUCUGCCAUCCCUCUUUACCCUCCCUUUCAGCGCUGGGAGCGUGCGUAUUGGCUGGGCUGUUUGAGCUUCGGUGCCAAAUAGGUGGGCCCUCUGCAUGUUGGCACAGACUCAGUCAAUGGUUAGAGAAGGAAAGUGGAGAGGAAGAGAGAGACAGAGUUGGAGAGAAAGAGGGGGAAAAAAGAAGCUGCACUCGGGUUUGCCAGCGGUCGUGCACACUCUUCCAACAUUGAUUCGGUCCUCUUGUUUUGUUUUCCUUUUUUCUUCUUCUUCUUCUUCUUCUUCUUCUUCUUCUUCUUCUUCUCCUCCAUCCGCACCCCCCUUGUCCAGCUCUCUCUCUCUCUCGCUCUCUCUCCGUGAGUCUCAUGCAGAUCCCACAGAAUUGAACCAAUAGCACGCGCCGCUUUGCCAAGCAUUUUGCUGUUGUUGUUGUUUUUUUGUCAAGAUCGUUUUUGCUACAUAUUUUUGCAAACAAAGAAGCUUGUUUAAGUUUUCGACAAUUUUAUCCUUUUUUGCUGCAAUAUCUGUUUUGUUUUGUUCGUGCAAGUCCAGCUCUAUUUUAAUUUUUUUAUUUUUUUUAGCUCCUUUCAGACAGAGCGAUUGCUGAACUUCUCUCCACUCUCCUUCUGUUGUGCUCUUGAACAGCACCUCUCCUGCUACAGUACCUCCUGUGUUCCUGUGCUGCUAUUACACUGCGCCCCCUUGGUCUGCCUCCUCUUUCUCUGCCUCCCCCCCCACCCGCUGCUUUUAUUGGACAGUUUCUCAACUUCUUAUUUUGCUUCUUUUUUUUUUUCACUCAGUCUUUUGUUUUCUAAUAUACGCAGCAUUACUUCAGCACAUUUUGAUUGAGCAAUCCAGUUGUUUGUCCUCCCAUUUUAAGUUUCUUUGCAAUCGGCGGGUGAAUUUAUGAUGAGAGAGCAAAAUGGAUGAAUUCCACCCCUUCAUCGAGGCCCUGCUGCCCCAUGUCCGCGCCUUCGCCUACACCUGGUUCAACCUGCAGGCCCGCAAGCGCAAGUACUUCAAGAAGCACGAGAAGCGCAUGUCCAAGGAGGAAGAGCGCGCGGUGAAGGACGAGCUGCUGGGGGAGAAGCCGGAGAUCAAGCAGAAGUGGGCCUCGCGCCUGCUGGCCAAGCUCCGCAAGGACAUCCGGCCCGAGUUCCGCGAGGACUUUGUGCUCAGCAUCACGGGGAAAAAGGCCCCCAGCUGCGUGCUGUCCAACCCCGACCAGAAGGGCAAGAUCCGUCGCAUCGACUGCCUGCGCCAGGCCGACAAGGUGUGGCGGCUGGACCUGGUGAUGGUCAUCCUGUUCAAGGGCAGCCCCCUGGAGAGCACGGACGGGGAGCGGCUGGUCAAGUCGCCACAGUGCACCAACCCUGGCCUGUGCGUGCAGCCGCACCACAUCGGAGUGUCCGUCAAGGAGCUGGACCUCUACCUGGCCUACUUCGUCCACUCGCCAGAAUCCGGACAAUCAGACAGCUCCAGCCAACAGGGGGACACAGACAUCAAACCACCGCCCAAUGGGCACCUGAGUUUCCAGGACUGCUUCGUCACCUCAGGGGUGUGGAACGUGGCAGAGCUUGUCAGAGUGUCGCAGACACCCGUAGCCACGGCGUCAGGUCCUAACUUCUCAUUGGCUGACCUGGACAGCAGUCCCAGCUACUACAACAUCAACCAGGUGGCUCUGGGGCGACGCUCCCUCACCUCCCCUCCUUCCACCAGGUCUGACGUGGAGUUGUACGCAAACCUUCCACGGAGCUCAACCAAGAGGAAGUCAUUAGACGACAGUGAGCUGGAGAGCCCCACAGAUGAUGUUUUCUACCCGGGACGCUCGCCCGCUGCCAGCUCCUCCCAGUCCAGUGCGUGGCCCAACGACAUGGAUGCAGUGCAGCACCAUUUGGCGAGUGUGCAGGAGAGGAAGAUAAAACAUGAAAACGAUGGCGUGCAGUUUCCUUACCAUGGACUGUCCUCGCCUGGUUCACUUAAGAAGCCGGGGAAGUUUGAUUUCAACGCCCUGACUUCCCAGACGAGGUCCCCCCGCAUGGCGUUCACACACCACCCGCUGCCUGUGCUGGCAGGAGUGAGACCAGGGAGUCCCCGUGCCUCAGCCUCAGCCCUGCACUUCCCAUCCUCCUCCAUCAUCCAGCAGUCCAGCCCGUACUUCACCCACCCCACCAUACGCUACCAUCACCACCAGGACCCGCUUAAGGAGUUUGUGCAGUUCGUGUGCACCGACGGCUCAGGGCAGCCCAGCGCACAGCCUAAUGGAGGUGGCCAGAGCAAAAUGCCGGGCUCCUUCCUGCUGCCCCCGCCACCCCCGGUGGCACGCCCUGUGCCCCUCCCCAUGCCCGACUCUAAAAUCAUCAGCACGCCCACUGACGGCGGACUCAGCUCACCCGCAUCUCCGUCAUACUCCACGCCAGGCUCCACAGCUCCCAACCGGUUUGUCGGCAUCGGAACACGGGACAACUUUCUGAAUAUCCCCCAGCAGACUCAGUCCUGGUUCCUCUGACGAGGCCUCUCUGAAUCAAGAGCUAAAAUUGUGUCAUGAAAAUUGGAAAUUUGACAAACAAACACGUCACCGCUGAUUAAGAACAGACUGCUGACACUAGAAGGUCUUUCUCUCUAGCCAACACUAUUCAAAGUACUACUACAGAACUCAAAAGAAACAAACACACCAACCCAAGAGGACUCCCAAUCCAACACAAUUUGAACAGGAACGUUCACCCCCCCCCACACACACCCUUUGUGCAGGAGGCUUCAAUGAGAUCGAGUGGACAGACUCAGAAUGCGAGGAAGAGGAAGAGGAGGAACUGUCUCUCACACACACACACACACACACACACCACCAAACGUCAGAAAGGAAACAUAAUAUGGCAACCUGACAAAUGACCAAUCACUCAUUUGUUGUUUAUUUUUUAUAAUUUUUCAUUUUUUUUUUCAUUUCGUUGUCUCCACAAUGAAACUCCAUGCAUUGGCUGGGAGAUCCAAAAAAACAAACAAACACGUAGCGGUAAACGGUGAAGUUGGACGUGCGCGUUGAAUAAGAUUGCCACCCAAAUUUGCACGCCUCCAUAUCUGUGCAUUUCACCAUCUGACUGCCACCGCCCGCCCCCACCUGGAGCUCAGCGCUGCCCGGGGUCCAGACCGCCAAAGCGCAGCCACGCGCCCGCGUGUCGCCACGCUCUCGACGCUUCAUCCGCUCGGCCCUGAGCCUCUUCUAAUUUACGAUUGGCCAAUCACGGUGACACCAUCCGAUGGUGUGACAUGUAUGCACUAAGUGGCUGGUCUUUGUUUACCUGUCAAAAGUAUCAGGGCGUCCUGCUGCGGGAGAAGCGAUAGCCAUGAGGCGAGCGCUAGCGAGUGAACACGCGACAGACGGUCAUAACACUAACUCUACAGGUGCUCUUUCGUCCCCUUCACCUAUGCACUAUUAAUUUUUGAUAAGGGAUGAACGGUAUUGCACAUCGAUGGUCAGAUGAGCGAUUAGAGAAGCGAGUCGAGGCUGGCCGCCACAGCAGGGAUGUGGCUGCGCUAACGGUCAAGUCUAGGCCCUGAAACAUGCAGCACGCACAUACACACACACACACACGCACGCUUGCAGACAGCACAUACAGACUAUCUUCUUAUUGUUCAUUAACUUGGAAUUUGAUUUACAGUAAUGCACACGCAGCAUUAUUCGGCUUCAUAUUAUUGGCUUUCAUUUUGUUUGUAGGUGUUUUUCUUGCGAGUUCCCUUUUUUUUCCCCAGAUUUGGUUUUGGUUUUUGUCUCACUUGGAUUGUUUUAGCCUUCUCUUGCAUGUCAUAACACUUUCUAUUUUUCACUAGUUUGCAGUAAUACGUUAAGUAUCGGAUUUCAGCGAAUCAGUAACAGCAGUUUCUCAAAUCUCUCGCGUAUGGACACAGCACAGUAACAACAGCUCAUCACAUGCAGCCCAUGUAUUGCUUCACCUUGUAUCCCUUAAAACCCAGAGUACUACACACACACAGACGCACGUAUAUAAUGCACGCUAACGCCAACAACCUGACAUAGAAUAUUAAAGGGAAGCCUUUAUAUUUGGUUCUCCAGACUGCCUUUGUUAAUGGUUUUUCAUUCACUUAAGAUUUGUCUUUUUUAAUUUGAGAUAUAUAUUUUUUUUCUACGUCAAUGUUCACAUCGAAAUUUGCGAUCGGUAUUGUUCUCACCAUGACACAAUCCAACAAAAGCCGACCUCACAAAAUAACUGGACUGCCUCGCUGUUGGUUCUAUUUUGCAGGGAUAGUAAACAGGGCUGAGACAUGGUUCUCAGCCGCUCUAGUAACAUUAGCUCUAUGUACUAAAACCAUAUAUCAAGACUAUAACAAUAUAUGAAAGUGCCUCUGUAUUCCCUUCAUGCAAUUAGUAAUAAAUGUGACUUCAGGUUCUCUUCCCACAGAUAAGCUAAAGCUACGGGGGAAUGGUAGCGUUGGUGCUUGUGGAAACCAUUGGCCGAGGACAGAUCUUUAUAGAGGACUGCAAACCUUUUUGUUUUUGUAAAGACAGAGAGAGAGAUCUUAUACAUAUAUAUUUAUGAUAUAUGCUCCUUUUUAACUUUUACUCCAUGAGCUGGUUGGCAGUCUAGUUAUUUUCUGAACUCUCCCCCCCCCCUCACACACACACACACACACACACACAACCCGUUUCAGUAACGUCAGCUUACUGUUAACAGUACGAAUCAAACGACACACGCCAUCGCCACCUGCAGUGCAGCAUCAUAACGACUAGAUGAACAUGUCAAAAAAAAUCGACAGUAGGUUUGAAGAAAAAAAAAAGUGUUUGUUUUUUGAUGGAAAGUAUUAUUAUUGAAAAAUAUGUGUCGAUUGAGCCACGUGCAAUGCAUUGGGUAGAUCAUUGUGUUUGUCUGUUAGAGAUUUUUAAGAAAGCUAAGAGAAAAGAGAAAAAAAAUGUAUUUGUUUCAAGUCCGUAAGCUCCGGGACUCUAAACCAGGGGGCCAUGAAAAAUCCUAGUCUUUGUAAGUUGGGGGUAUUUGUUUUUAUUUCCUUUGUCUCUUUUUUAUGUUUUACUUGUAAUCAAUUGUUUAUAAAAAUGUGGGAGGGCUGAAGAAAAAAAAUAAUUAUACACGACUUUGGGGGGAAAAAAUUCUCUGUCAGAUAAAAUCUGGUGCUUUAACACUAUAAAGUACAUUCAGAACUAUUGUACAUGAAUGGUAAUGAACAAAUGUAACAGACCAUUUAGGAAACAGCAUUAUUCCUCUCUAUUUUUAUUCUUCUUCUAUUUGUAUAGAGUGGGGGGAGAGGUUCCUAUUCCUUAAGGUUGUGACACAAAAGGCAUUUUGGUUCGACCUUUAGAGAAAAACUGACCCGUGCACUGCCUGAAACUCACCAGCAAAAAAGUAACAAUCAACCCUCCCAAUUUAACUCAUUUUUAUCUCAUACAUUAGCAUAAAUACACGACAAGUUCCUCCCCGUACUGCGGGAGGUGCUUCACAUCCAGACCUCUUUUAUUCCCACGAUCACGUUUCUGAAUCUAGAGCUUGAGUCCAGCUGGUUGUGUGGAGACCCACAUGCCAUGGAAAGACUAAUAGGUUAGACGUUUUGUAUCCUGCACGGAUAGCAGAAGAAGAAAUGGGGUUAAUGAAAAUCGUAAAAAAGUAGCCUCAAAAUCUGUAAAAAUGAGAGAAUCCAUUUGUGAAACAGGCAGCAAGGUGAGCCUCUCCCCUGUCCCACCCCCCCUCCUCUGUAAAUGACUCUUAUAGUGCUUGUGCUGUAGUGUAUAGUUUCCCAGCAGUUAAAGGUUGUCCCUUAAAAGUGCCUUUUGUUCACAGACUCCAUUUUGUAAUCCAGAUCGCCCCCCCCCUUUCUUUUUCUCUAUUUCGAAACGGCUCGAGGUAACCGGUUGCCCCUGAGUGCCGCGAGGAGGCUGAAGGUCAGCGCUCAGGGACGACUCCCGCCUUCGAAAUGAAUCCCCUCCAUUGUACCGCCCCUAUAUCCUCUCUUCCUUUUCAAAGCCGUAUGUAUAUAUAUACACAUAUGUAUGUGUAUAUAUCUAGUACAAAAGGAAACUGGUGUGAAUUAGUUCUUUACUUUUUAUCGAUAAAUGACAAAAAAAAACUUUUUGAAAAGGCAAAAAAACUUGUUCUCGUUCAGCUCUUGCUUUUUUCUUCCCCUCUGUCUCCACUGUCUGUUUUCUCUUAGACACUGGAGUAGUCUGUAAGUGUGUGUCUGUCACUCUCUCUCUCUCCCUCCCUCUCUUCUCUCCCUCUCUCUCCCGCCCUCUCUGCUGUUGUGGGAGGGUGGGGGGAAAAAAAAAAAAAUUAUUGCCGAAAAAACUUUUGUCUGAGCAGAAUGCAGUUAGCUCACAUGUUAUUCUUGUCUGUAUGCUUCACAUUGUAUUACCAUACCCAUCUUCUUCAGCUUAUCCAUUCAACAGCUAAUGUAAGUGAACAAAUUACGCUGAUGGGCUUUUGGGGGUGUCCUUGGGUGGGUUAGGAAAAAAGGACAACCGGGGUUCGGGUUGAGGAGGUUUAGACGGACAGGGUCGAGAGGGCUGGACGAACUGCUUCAGGAUGUUGGAAUGGGGCUGCUUUGACUAGGAUAAGAGUUUGCUCUUCUGUUUUAGCUAUUUAUUUUUUUGGCUUUGUUUUAUUCCCCCUCCUUUUUUUUUGAUUUCCUUUUAAUUUGGAUUUCUUUUAAUAUUUGCUAUCAGGGUAUGCUGUCGUUCAGGCUCUCUUCCGAGGAUGCCUUUGGACUGUAAAUGAAAGCUACAAGCACCUUAUAACCGGACUUGUCCUGCACGAGGCUGGAAGAGGGGGAGGGGGGGCAUUUCCAGGACAUAUCCACAUCCAUUCAAACCAAUCUUAUAAAGUGAAGUAUUAAUGUAAGCGUCACAACAGUAUUAUCCACUUAGAACGCACCAACCAGAUAGAUAAAAAGGCCAGCCUGAACAUGAUGACUCAGAUAUUUGAGGAUUCAGGGAAGUCCCUCCAUUAGUCUCCUCUGACCACCUCAUGCUGGACUGCUCCGUGUCUUUGUUCUGUUGUUCAUUUUGUUCCUUUAUCUUCUUAAGCGUGUAUGGUUAUCGGUGUAAUGGGCAGCACCCAUAGGCCCCGACCCCCAGCUCUGCUACGCCUCUGUCUAACGCCCUCAGUGCAGCACCACUUCUUUGUGAGAACACCCCCAGAGCUCUAGGUGAAAUGCAUGUGUUAAUUACAGUUUCUUUUCCAUAAGAAGAAAAACAGUUUGAGAAGAGCAGUGCCUGAUUGAAUAAAAAAGGAUGUUCUUGACUGUA